UCUUCUUCAUUUUCUCUGGUUUUUAGUUCCAGAGAGUUCAAUGGCAAUUAAUAAAUGGUUAAACAUAAUAGUAGACGGAAACUCAGCCUUACGUACUUACUGGCCCAACAUUUUAUCACACUUUCUCGAGAAGAUUCUCAGGUCCUUCUUUGACGACUCAGGAGAAGAGGGAACUAAUGCACAGGUAGCUCUGGUAAUGUACAAUGCCAACUCCAGUGCAGCUGUCCAACAUAUCCAUUGGACAGGAGAGUUGGAUUUUUUCUUAGGUGUGUUAUCAUCAUUAGUCUUCAAUGGAAAUAGUGAAAACCAACACACCAUGGUGCUAGGUCUUGCAGAAGCUCUACUGUUGUUUCCAAAGCCGUCUAAUGUGAUGACAAAAGAAGAAUACUACAAUGGGAGCAGACAUUGUAUUGUUAUAGCAUCUGGGGACCCUGUUCCUAGGAGAAUGUUAGUCUCUGUGCCAGAGAUUGAUAAAGGAAGAAUUUUGGGCACACACUUGAAUACUUUAUAUGUUGAUUUUUGUGAGGUGGCAGAAAUGUUUGGCCCGCUAGCAGUAUCCCUUUCAAUAAUAUCUGCACUGCAACAUCCAAUUUUUGGAGUCAUAUUCAAUAUGGGAAAUAAUGGUUCUCCACUUGCAAACACUCGAAACUCUAACAUUAGAAUUGGCGAGUUGAAUAUUUUAUUGGCAAGAAAUUUUAAGGAGGCACGUGAUGCCCUUCGUGGGAAAAGAAGAGUGACUCCAGCCACAAAAGAGAGUGUAAAAUCAAUGAUGAUGACAAACGAAGAAGUUGCUAACAUGGUUGAUCCAAGGGGAGCUAGCAGCAGUAGGCGUGCACAUCUUCCAUUCCUGGCUGCAGGGUUUGAUCCAUAUGGUAGACCUGUGUUUGGACCAAGCACUGGGGUUCCACCUCCACCCAAAACACCUCAAUUUAAUCCCCAUGAUUUUUGGCCUCCACCACCAUCUUCUACAUAUUCUCAAAACCUGGUGCAAGCAUGGGAGGGAACUUUGUUUGGACAAAUGCACAGGAAUCGCACAAACACUCAGAGAGGAAAGGCCCUCAGAAGAGCAACAUCACUUCCAACACUUACUUACGAGUGGUCGAGUAGGCUAGAGAUAUCCUUCUAUUUACCUCAGAAAAGUAUCGACUAUAUGAUAACGAUUCAUCUUGGACCCAUAGAUUAUGUUUUCUUCGACAUAUUGCAUUUCAACAAUCUGGACUUGUAUGAACAUCUGACAAACAAAAACCUGUGUGCGAAAAUUAAUCUCCCUUCUCAGAUUUUGAUCAUAUCCCCAACCAGCAACAGACACUACUACAUAGGAACAAUCUUCCCUGCGGAUACUACAUUUAUUCAGAAGAUCUGAGUUUGCAAAUGACUUUGAAGAGAAGAUGAACUGCAAUUUGUAGGAGCUGUUGUGGAUUUAAAAGAGAAUUAAAAGGAGAGAUAGAUGAUGCUCCUUUUUUUUUAUCAAAGAUAUAGCAGUUUUUAACAGUUAAGGGACUGUACAUGAGUUUUAUCUUUUAUUGUUUCAGUUUGUUAAGUAAAUUCCUCUGUUCAGAAACUGA